ACGCAGGCGGCCGGAAGCGGCGGGGGCAGCAUGGCGCGGCGGGGAUCCUUCUCCAGCUCCGACUCGGACUCCGGCUCGGAGGAUUCCUCUCUCUCGGACUCGGAGCUCCAGGAGGCCUUCCGCAGGGGCGAGCUGAAGCCGGGACUCAACGUGGUGCUGGAGGAGCGGCCGAAGCGGCGCAACGACACGGAGGGCCUGAAGUGCUGUCUGUCCGAAUUCCAAAAGCAGCUCGCUUGGGUGGAAAGGCUGGAUGUGACUUUGGGCCAGGUUGCGGAUCCCGUCUCACAGAGUGCUUCAGACAAAGAUGCUGUUGACCCAGAGAAUGAUUUCCAAAGAGAGAUGAGCUUCUACAGGCAGGCUCAGGCAGCAGUCCUGGAAGCCCUCCCUAAGCUACGUAAGCUCCAGGUUCCUACUCGAAGGCCAGAUGAUUACUUUGCAGAGAUGGCCAAAUCAGACCAACAGAUGCAAAAGAUUCGGAAGAAGCUUAAGAGUAAACAGGAAGCAAUGGAGAAGUCUGAGAAAGCAAAACAGCUUCGUGCAAUGAGAAAAUACGGCAAGAAGGUACAAACAGAGAUUCUGCAGAGGAGACAAAAGGAGAAGAAAAAUAUGUUGAAUGCAGUCAAGAAAUACCAGAAAGGUCUCUCUGACAAGCUGGAUUUCUUAGAUGAAGAUCAGACAUUGUCUCAGGGGAAUAAAAAAGGCAACGCAAAUCAACGGAUAAAGAAGGGACCAAAUGCCAAAAGACGGUACAAGAAUCAGAAGUUUGGUUUUGGAGGGAAGAAGAAGGGCUCAAAGUGGAACACAAAGGAAAGUUUUAAUGAUGUAUCCAGCUUCCAGUCGAAAGUGGCUCACAACAAAGGACCAAGGAAAGCAGGAAAAGGAGGGAAAAAAGCCCUCAAUAAGAGACCUGGAAAGAGAGCAAGGCAGAAAAUGAAGAGCCGAGCACGCUAAGAGGAUGCUCCCCAGCAGGGUUCCUGUGUCUCUUUGUUGCAAGAUACAUUUUUGCUGUCAUCAAGCAGCUAACCAUGGAGCAAGCUGAAUGCUGUCAAGGGACAAGAAAAAAUUUGGUGUAAACUAGUGCCUUAUCACUAAAUUCUUCUUGCUGUUUUGUUGAAGGAUUGUUUUCUACUGAAACUUUUGGUGUGUGAAUGCAUUAAAUGCCUUGCACAGAACUAUCUCUAGUUCAUGAUUAGGCUGAAGCCUGCCCUUUGUUCCCUUCAUUCUGACAGCUUUUUCCACAGCUACUGUUGAGAUAUACUUGGUGAACUUGAGCUCUGGGUCAUGUUGCCAGUGUCAGAAUACAAGAUCUGAAGCAUUUCAAGAAGUUAGUGUUUUUUAGACUAUUCAUAUAGAUGGGUUUGGAAACAUCAGUGAGACAAAUGCAGCCAUCUUGUAAGUAGGUUUAUUUCUGCCACUGUUGUCAGGCUGCAAAUCUGGACAGGCUGAUGUUUUCUCUUCUCUUUUCUUGCUAUCUUCUCUUGCCAGAAAACUACCAGACUCGCCUAACAGCAGGCAAGGCCUAACUCAUUAGAUCUUAUUAACUGCUUCUGUUUAAGUUGUGUGGCUUGGUGACUCUGUUGCUGUGGGUUCUCAUGCUGCUCCUCCCCAUGGCAGCCAUUUAUUUAGUGAUAUCAGUUUUCCGGCGGGGGAAGUGGAGUCUGCGGUCAGUGCGGUCCACAUGAAUCUGGAAAAGAAAACUGAUUGAUAGCUUAGAAUUUCAGUAGUAAUCCCCCCCUGAGAACAGUGCAGGGUGUUCUUGUAGCCGAGAAAUGCUGAAAUGACAAUUGAGGAGGGUUCCACUUAUUUGAGAAUAUGUUGUUCACUGCUUUGGUACUGCAGAACCUGGUGAAAAAGGAAAGGGCAUCACGAGUCCUGACUCUGUAAAUGUAACUUCCUUACCCACAAAUUUAGUUGCCUCUUUCUUGCCAGCCUAAUCCUACCAGCAGUAUCUAACAGCAUUAAGCCCUGCUGGGCUCUAGCCUUGUUAUGAGUAACUGAAGUGUAAGGUGAAAUGUUGCUAAAGACUAUCUUGUUUUCUUAUUUUAAGUUUUCUUUGGCCAAAAUUAAUCAAGCCCUUGUUUGUCUCUCUAAAAACACUGAUCUACAGAGUCAGUCCUUGUCGCUGCUAUUUGUUUUUCAGAUAUGGGUGAUGUCUGAGCUUGUUAAAGAGAUCUCUUUUCCUCCUGUUUAUUCAAGCUUCCCUUAAUGAAUCCUCAUUUCUGUAUUCUGC